GUGACUGAUGGGGUCGGGGCCUCAAAGAUGGACAGCUAUUUCCUCAUCACUCUGCUUUUGUCCCCUCCACACCACGCUUAUUACCAGCAGCGGCAGCUCAUCCAUUUAUGGCUCCCUCUCUCUCUCUUUCUCUCUCCCACCGUUUGCUUCCUCUCCCUCCUUUUCAUAUUCCCCGGCCAUUUUUCUAUUCUUCCACUGUAAUCAAUUAUUUCUUCCAACAAUUUCUUUCCGAGUCUUUUCUGUUGAGAGUUUCUGAUCAUCUUCGGCCAACAGGGAUGGAAGGAGGAGGGAUUGUUCACAGCCUCAGCGUCAAUCUUCUCAAUGUGCUUCUGUUGUUUAUGAUUUGAUUUGAUGUCCAGAUGCACAAAAAGGAAAAGGAAUAAAAACAAUUACGGUUAGGCUGGCCAAUGCAAAAAAAUUUCCCCAGAGAGUAGGGGAGAAGUUAUGUAACCUUGCCCUUCUCCAUCAAAGAAGUGUUUUCUCUGUCUACCAUCUCCAGUUCAGCUUGCCAACAGGAGCUUUACCAAUAUCCCAUUAUUGAAGCGUGAUAUUUGCCCUCCAUGGAUCUUAUUGCAGCCCAUUAGAUUACCUGAAAAGUUUUGGGAUAAUGGACACAAGGACAGAUGCCUUUUUGACUGAGAUUUCCCCAAGUGCAGCUCCUCAGCCCCUUCUUCCUCUUCUUGCCCCCUCACCAUUAACACCAUUCACAAAUAACACCAUCCCUAAAUUAUCAGGACUUUGUGCGUUAAAAUUUUCUUCAGUUGAAAGUAUGAUGAGCAUUGCAUCAAUUGAUUGCGUGGGUGUAUUCGCACCAUUUCUGGCCAAUGUAAUUUGUUGUCCACAGUUAGAAGCCACUUUAGCUGUUCUCAUUGGUCAAUCUAGCAAGGAUACCAAUAUGCUUGCUCUAAAUGGGAUGCUGGCAAAGCACUGCCUAUUGGACUUUGAGCAAAUUCUGGUUGGUCAGGGUGCCAGUGAUUAUCUGCAAGAAAUAUGUUCGAUCCGUCCUACAAACCUCACAGCAGCUUCUUGCCCGGUGAAUGAUGUUAAUGAGUUUGAGAGCACAGUGGAUGCUUCAAACCUCCUUGCUUCCUGUGAAAAGAUUGAUCUUGUGAAUGAAUGUUGUAACCAGAUUUGUCAGAAUGCUAUAUCAGAAGCUGCUAGAAAGCUUGCACUAAAGGCCUAUGAUCUAUUGAGCACAGACAAGUCUCAUGCAUUGUCUGACCACUCUACUAGGGUUAGUGACUGUAAAGUUAUUGUACACAGAUGGUUGGCAAGAAAACUUGAUCCUUCUCAUGCAAAGAACAUUCUUAGGGGACUAUCUAACUGCAACAUCAACAAAGUUUGCCCUUUGGUUUUUCCUGACAUGGGCAGUGUCACCAAGGCCUGUGGAAAUGGGUUAAGCAACCGGACAGCAUGUUGUCGCGCAAUGGGGAGUUAUGUGUCUCACUUGCAAAAGCAAAGCUUCAUAACCAACUUGCAAGCUUUAAAUUGUGCUGCAUCACUUGGAAUCAAACUUCAGAAAGUAAAUAUUACUGAAAAUAUUUAUAGUAACUGUCACAUCAGCCUAAAGGACUUUUCCCUUCAAGUUGGAAUUCAAGAGUCUGGAUGCCUUUUGCCAAGUUUGCCAUCGGAUGCAAUGUUUGACAAAAUCUCUGGAGUUACCUUCCUCUGUGAUUUAAAUGAUAACAUUCCAGCUCCUUGGCCUUCUACUCCCCUAGUACCAGCUUCAUCCUGUAAUAAAACGGUCAAAAUUCCUGCACUUCCAGCAGUAGCAUCUGGGCAAAGUGGUCGUCAAGACAACUAUUACAUGUUUCAUAAGCUUCUUGCAACUUCAGUGGUGGUGCUCAUGAUUGUCCUGUAAAUUUCAGUUGAACUAUGCUUGGCGGUCUAGUUGAGAAUGAAUGGAAAGCUUCCCCUAUGCCUGAUUGAAUUUAUCAGCCCUUGGAGAACAAACACACACAAUCACAUCCAUCAUGCUAUAUAUAAGAGAAGACUUGAUGCCCUUCGUCCAACCUGUAUGAAUCAGGAGAGCAUAUCUCAGUAUGAGGUGAGUCUUUAAGUUUGGAUUUGUCUUAAUAUCUAUUCAUCAUCAUUCUUUCAAGCUUGUGUAAUAAAUUUUUGUAUAGAAUGUUCACACAAGUGAGAGAGAGUAACGUCUUUGUUGCCAUUUGAAUUCAGAACGCAGAGAGAGCAAUUGAAUGUUAUCUUCUUUGCACAAGCAAAUAGUGAAAACUGGAACAAUUUGUUCACUGUUCAUCUUCUUGGGUUUGUGAAAUGAACUUGCCCCCAAAUAUAAGAAUAAAAAAAUAAUAAGAAAAACAAACAUGAUCAGGCCCAGCCAGCAGGUGGUGAGAGUAAUGGGUGGCAAAGGUUGCCUUGGUUUAUAAAGACAUUUUUGUUCUGGACCUCGAAUGUUAAAUUAUAGUGGGUAAGUGCUAAGUGGGUAACAGAGACUUCUUCUUUAUUGUUGAACUCACAAUCUCUGUGACAUUUCCCAAUUGGCAUUGAGCUCCAUGUCUUCAUGCAGCACAGCCUCAUCAUUGUCACUAUACCCUUCUUCUAUAGGGAAGUGAGGCUGGAAGACUGAUUGGUUUUUUUUUUUUUUUAAUCUUUUUCAAUUAAUAAUUAUCUCUGAGGGACCAUUUCUGUAGUUUAUUCAGAAGAUCAGGCCAUGUAUCU